CCCAAACUGCAAUGGGCUUCCUUUUCCCAGUUAGUCCAGGCACCAUGCUUGCGGUAUUUGAGAAAAUCGCAAGACCUGUGGUCCAACACAUGGACACUGGUGGGGAUAUGGUUGCUGUCAGAAGCCUCACUGAUGCUAACAGAUUCCACUGCUUCUAUCUGGUGAAGGAGAGAAGACGUUUCUUUGGAUACCAAUAUGAUAAGAGGUCUCUCACCGUGUAGGACAUCCUGGAGAUGGACAAGGGUGAAGGGCUGUUUGAUAAGCUGGUUCCUGGGCUCCAAGGUCAAGAGGUUACGUCCCAAGUUAUGGACAGCGUAGACUCAAAGGGAAGUUGGACAGUGAAAUUACCCCAAGAAAAAACACUUGAAGUGGUAAUAACAUUCUCCAGGUCCCCGGAGCAGGGCAUCGAGUUAUCAAAGACCCAGAUACUCCAGAAAUUCCUGGAUUCCCUUAAGAACAAAAAACUGAAGAGGAAACUGCUCCCUACGUUCCAGUCAAUCCAGGCGAUGAGAGAAGACCUUUAUCUAGUGACGGAAACUCUGAAGACGACAAAGACUGUAAUCCUGAAAAGUGAAAAGCAAUAUAUUUUGGGGGACCCAAUGAAAUGUUUUGGCCUCCAAUAUGAACACAAGCACCAAACGGAAGUGACCAUCACCCCUGAGAAGGUCCUGGGCUAUCGAGUAAAGCAGCUCGUCUUCCGCAACGCAGAGGGUACGGAGUCUUUCCCUGAUGGGAAGUCCUUGAGUUUGGAGGAUUUCCCAAGCAUGGAGGAGAGGAUACAGGACAUGGUACGAGUCCUCCAGGAUCCGACUGAGGAGAGCAAAGAGGUGCUAAGCUGCUUCACCAAGUGCCUCAGCAAGGAUGAAGAGCUGCAGGAUCUAGAGCGAAGGGUGUCUGAGGUCCGGCGCUCCGGGGAGCUACAGAUGGAAGGCCCAGCAGAUUUUACAGUCUGGUGGGUUUCCUUCCAGGUAGAGCCUAUCCUGGAGCAGAAGUGGGGUGAGCAGCCCCGCGAUGUGGGCUGUGACCCUGAGGAAUGGACUCUCUGUGCCCUCUACGUUGUCGUCUCCAUCCUGCUGCAGCUGGGUGAGAAGUCUACCUCUGUGUCUUCCUAA